UUGUUUAUAGUUCUGUCUCAAGCGGUGAUCAAACACAGGUCGUCGCGACAAACUUGCCCUGGUUUGGCUAGCUAGUCAGCUAACAUGUAUUCCUUGAUCAGGACUAUAUGUUCCAUUAUACAUAACGAGUCAUUGGACGAAGGCGUCUUCUGUGCGGGGGAGUAUUUUUAACGACACUCGGUCUGAACAUGAAAACGAUUCGCUUGCGGUACGAUUUUGGAAGCAUAAUGACCUUAUAUUUUAACAUCAAAUAUUAAUAUUUUUCAAACAAAAGGUUAAAUUGUUACACAACUUCAUAGCGUUUGGGUUCCCACACGGCCAUAUUUCCAUGUUAGUGUUUGUUUACGCAGACAGCUAACGUUAUCUGCGAAUCUGAACACCUGUGUAUACGGAAGACAAACGCCACAAACAUGUCACUGAAAAAUACUGUCCGCUGCAACUGUUAACCCGGUACAGAGGUGCUGUUAUAGACAACAACCAUGUGCUAGAACACUGGACUGAGACGACCUGCAGUUGUCUGAGUGGCUUCCUCUUUCUGCUUGGCAUCAUGGGAAAGGAGGCGUGUCUACGGUGGUUUCAGAGAUGGGAUGGGUUUAACCUGCACUGUUACAAAGACUAAAACAAACAGCAAAAAAAAAACAGCUAAUUGACCAAGUUGAUCAGACAAGACUGAUCUCACCUGUGGAUAUGAACGCUCUCUUAGACGGACAGAGCACUGAAUAGUGUAUACAACAUUUGAGAGCUUUUGUAUACAGGCUUUUUAAAAGCUGCAUGCGGGCGGGCUUGGAUUUUUACUGGGCAGCUUUACAUUUUUUAUUUAAUUUUUUUGUCCCAACGGCUGCCUCCCCAGAAUAUAGACCCUGGAACUAUCCCCUUUGCAAGCAUUCUGUCACACUUUUCUGUCUCACCCAAUCACAUUGUCUCACACACACACACUCAGUGCCUAGAUACACCUUGUACAAGACCAGAGUUCAGUGGAUGGUCACUGCUCUGCUAGACACCCCUGUUCUGUUGUUUUACAGGCAGUCCUGCUACAACCUCCUAAUUUCUGCCCCUUACAAGAGAGUUUGUAAAUAGUAGUGAUAGAUGUAGGUGGAGGGUUAGGGUUAGUUUGUUGUCUCACCAGGUCAGGAAGUAUUUGUAAAAGCAGUUAAUUGUGUGUGCCCUUGUGGGUCUUUGUUGCAGUAGACAGGAAAGAUUUGGUUGAUUUAUGUAUAUUGUUGCACCAAAUAAGGUUACAUGAAAGCCACACAGAAAUAUUUUUUAGAAAGUUGAAAUUUUUGUAUGAUAUUGUAUAGUUUUGUUUUCAAAAGAUAUGAAAUGUAUAGCUAGCUAUCUAGCUAGCUGUAGAUAUACCUGCAAAGAUCUACACAUAUGCAAACAAAGGUGUAGACUUUACUAUAAAAUAAGUGUUUAAGUGGUUUUUGUGGCCAAAGUGCAAAUAUCUGGCUACCUUAAGAUGUUUCUCCCAAAUGGCUGCUUUCUUUAAUAAUACUAUUUCUGCUACCUAAGACCCUUCCCAUCCAUCUACCAUCAUGCCCCCUUAUCCCAUACGGACACUGAGGUCUUCCCUCUGACCUUUCCAACAUCCUUCUCUUUAGAUAUACAUCUUCUACCUCGCUCCCUCCUCCUCUCUCCCUCCCUCUGAUGCCGGGGUUCAGUAGUGGGGGACUAGGUGGGGAGGUGGGGGGCCCCGCCGCCUCUCCUCCCUGCCCGUUCCGACCCAGUCGCUUCGUUCCCGUCUCCGCGGCAACCACUUUCCUGGUCGGCUCCACCACGCUCUUCUUCUGCUUCACGUGUCCGUGGUUGUCAGAGCAUGUCUCCUCCGUCAUUCCCAUCUAUAACGCUGUGGUCUUCCUCUUCACCCUCGCCAACUUCUGCAUGGCCACCUUUAUGGACCCAGGGGUCUUUCCCAGAGCGGAAGAGGAUGAGGAUAAAGAGGAUGAUUUCCGCGCUCCGCUCUAUAAAACGGUGGAAGUUAAGGGCAUUCAGGUCCGGAUGAAGUGGUGCUCCAGCUGCCGUUUCUACAGACCGCCCCGCUGUUCACACUGCUCUGUGUGUGACAACUGUGUGGAGGACUUUGACCACCACUGCCCGUGGGUGAACAACUGUAUCGGGCGCAGAAACUACCGUCACUUCUUCCUGUUCCUGUUGUCCCUGACGAUCCACAUCAUGGGUGUGUUUGGCUUCGGCCUGCUGUACAUCCUCCAGCACCAGCACCAGCUGGACAGUGUUCACUCCUCUGUCACUAUGGCUACGAUGUGUACCGCUGGUCUCUUCUUCAUCCCAGUAGCAGGUCUUACUGGUUUCCACAUGGUACUGGUAGCUCGGGGUAGGACCACUAACGAGCAGGUUACAGGGAAGUUUAGGGGUGGAGUUAACCCUUUCACCAAUGGCUGUCUUAGGAACGUCUCGCACGUGCUCUGUAGCUCUCAGGCUCCCAGGUACGUGGGGCGGUGGCGGGGGAAGCAGACAGUGGAGGUGCAGCCUCCCUUUCUCCGUCCUCCUCUCUCCGAGGCACAGCUAGAGGCCAAAGUCCUGGACAACGGCAUCCAGAACGACCACCACAGCAGCCGGUCUAAGAGCAGUUUGGAGCAGAUGGAGAGCCAGUCAGCAGAUGCAGAGCCUCCACCUCCUCCCAAACCGGAGGUCCGCUACCCUGGCCUGCCCCGCGCAGACACCGAGGAAAGCAGCUUGCUGUCUGAAGGUCCGUCCACUCCCUCUAUGUACAAGUACCGGCCGGCCUAUAGCAGCCCACAGAGGAACCACACAGCUCUGACACACCCAAACAAGAUGAUUCGUGGGGACAGUCUGGACUCCCCCUCCAUUCUCCAAUCGAGUCGCCAGGCCAGCUAUCGGUCUGAGCCCAGCAGCCUGGAUGGGGGGUCGGUAAUUGGUUUGGCGGCACGUGGAGGGGAGAGGGGCGAAGGCCCCGGGGGGUCCAGUGGGACGGGUGGGGAGGUUGCGGGGGGUAUCUCCGGGUACUCCCUAGGGGGGCGGUCGUACACUUCUUACCCCUCCUCUCUGGUCCUGUCCACCGGUGGUUCUCACUCCUCCAGCAUGCGCUCUGCCCACACACACCAUAAUACUCUGGGCACGCUCCAAUCAGAGGGCACCACCGACACCAGCUACAAGAGCCUGGCCAAUCAGACACCUCAGAACGGCAGCCUGUCCUACGACAGCCUGCUGACGCCGUCCGAGAGCCCUGAGUUUGAGUCGGCCGCUCACGAGUUGUCCCCACAGAAGCCCCACGCCCCUGCAGCGUUUCCCACGGCGAUGACCUCCUCGCCGCCCCCCGGGGUCAGGGACGUGCCCUUGCAGGGGUACACCUCACCCUUCCUCUCAGCACAGAUGGCCCAGCAGAGAGAGGGCCAGCUGCUCCAGGGCUCUGCCUCUUUCUCCUCCCCCAACAGGGCAUACCUCCGCACCUUCAGCCCUCCCCCGCCGAAUCCCCCACACGCUGCCCACCCUGAGACACAGCACCACCUCCUACACCAGGACUCCAGACACCCACACCUCCGUGCCACCUCCUCCAUUCGCCCCCUUCCUCCCGUCUCUGAACAGCACUCCCCCUCCUCCCCGCAUGCCUGUUCCCCGGACCCCCCUGUGUCUCCCCCGCCCAGAGGCCCCUCCCUAAGGAAGUCCCCCUCCUACACCGGGGAGGCAGGGCUCCAGCACAAGGCUCGGUCAAUGGGAGGAGCCAGUUUGUCGGGAGAGGGCGGAGUCAGAGUGACCCAGGCUCCACAAUCCACCUCUCGCCCAGGCUUGGCCAAUCACAGCACAUCCAAACCAGUGGGCGGGGUGAAGAAGGUGACUGGCGUUGGAGGGACCACCUAUGAGAUAUCGGUUUGAGUGACAGACAUCCGCCUCAGCCGAAGAUAGAAUGUUCCACUGGACAGAUUCCAAUGUUCUUACUCUGAGGAGACUUGGAGAUGGUUAUUCAAUCACAUGCACGCACACAAUGAAAGGACUAUCCUCUGCUCUUGGUCAAUAUGGAGUGGAUAGUGGAACAGAAGUGUUUGGCUCACUGGUACUUCAAUGACUUUAGUAUCUUUUAUAAUGCCACUGGUCAUCUUUUCACUGCCAAUCUUUCUUUCGUAUUGGAUCGAAUGGCGACUGAAGUGAAACUCUGAAUGUUGACCAGUAAUGGAAUGGGACAACCUCUCCGCAGUCUGUGAGCCAUAGACUGUAUAACAUGAACGUUGUUAUGACAGCUGGGUACUAAACUCUUUAACGCAUAUAUACAAAGAUUAUUUAUUUCGGUACGUUAGGACAUGGAGAAUUUAUACGAUAAAAUAUAAUCCUGGAAAGGAGUGCAUUUGAACCAAUCAGUAUGGAGCCUGAGAGGGCGCAUAUGGACUGUUGACCAAUUGUGGCGCUCAGUGGUUCAAGACUUCCUGUCCCAUUCAAAUGGAUGGACCAAUCACAAUGGAUCACCCAUGUAAUUAGUCUGCAGCGAAUAUUUAGACUGCAGAGAUGAUGCCUCAACCCCUGCAAACACAGUUUAAUUUGAGUUUUAUAAAGCUUUUUUUUAUAUUGUUUUUUAUAUAAAUGCCUAAAGAAUCUUUAAGAAUUAUUGGGUCAAUUGUUCAGAUGCUGGAGAUAGCGUUUUGGGGUUUGUGAAUGACUAUGAAUGUGAGUUAGACUAAUCGCUUGUUUUGAUUGAUGGCUGUAUCAGCCAGUCAUAGAGCUCGCUGCAGUUCUCAUCCAAAGAGAUUGGUGAUCGUAUAUAUGACGGCCAGCUGAAGAGGCCCGUCACUGAGGAUGUUGAAAGCCACAAAGAAAAUGUUUAUUCCGAAUCAUAAAUACAGUACACGCCUCUUUGUGGAAUGUACACUAGAAAUGUUUAUUAUUGAUACAUUAUGCAAAUUCUCUCUUCGUAGCUUUUAAAUGAUUUGCCUGUCAUUUUGGUGUUCAAAAUGUUUUCUGUCAAUCAGUGCUAGAAAAACUUUAAGGAUGGUCAGCCAAACAUGUUAAGAGUGUGAGGGGUCAUGUUUAUUUUACCGGACAGAAAAACCUUUGCGUUCUGAACACAAUUCCAAACCAAUCUCUAUAUCCAGGAGUUGGAGGAAGUUGCCGCUACACAUUGAGGCCUUUUGCCCCUAAUUGUUAGGGCACUAAGGGAGUGUAAGCUGGUUCUAAAUCUAUUCCCAGAAGUGUAACUUCUACCCAGAGACCACAUCCCUAUCAUAGUGCCUUGUCCUUAGAUUCUAAUAUAAUUGGAAGAUUCCAACAAAUCAAAUUCUGGGGGGGUGAUAUAAACAUAGGUAUUAUUUUUUCUUUGUUUGUAUAUGUAUGAUGUGUCUAGGAGGCGACAGAUGCCGGGGUUGGUUUGAAAUUGAGGACUGUUUUGAUCGUUUUUUGCCUUGAGACCGUUCGUAGUAAAACAAAGCGUUUAAAAAAUAUAUUUUAAAGUAUUUCUUACAACUAUUGUAUUUCAUAUUUUAAUUGGUUUUGUUGACAUUCUGUCUGGCCUCUUGAUUUCCUUAUCUGCUUUCUGUUGUUUAAAAAAAAAUAUCUUUAUGGUACAGUUAACAUUUUGCCCAUGAAUAGGUUUAGGAAGGCACAGUCAGAAACAGAAAUAUGUGUUUGUGUGUCAGGAGUGUGUGUGGUUGAGAGGAGGAGGUGGUAUGUUUAAUCCAAGCCCACUACAGAGUUGGAAUGUCAAAGCUAGCUGAAUGUAGCACGUUUUUGUUCAGGGAAUUCUGAAGCACACAAACUAUCAUCCAAUCACACAGCAGUGUGGCCACAGUCAGUGUUUGUAUGCCCCCCUCCCCUCGUGUACAGUAGGUGUGCAUGUGAUUUUGUGUGUUGUGUUGAAUGUACUCCCGGUGUGUGUGAGAAUAUCCUUGUCAAAUGCACACCUGGUUUAUAUGAGUACAAGCAGUCAGACAUACAGGGUUAGAGAGUCUUACUUUCUCCUGGUGGGGAAGGGGGCUUUGAACAACAGAAUAUAUGUGAGUAAAUAAGAAUGCUGCUAUUGUUGUGGGUUGUGCUGAAUGGAGAGUGUCAAAUAUUUCUGAAGAACAUGGAGAAGACAUUUCCAAAAUGGCCUUAAGAGUUUAAGGUGUCUUCUCAGAAUAAAAGGUCAACCUGA